AUGCCGGGCGACCCCUUUAUGCACACGAUGCUACUAUACUUCCCGCUCUUCGUCUUUUUGUAUUUGGGCCUUUUAAGUGAGCUCCGGCUGAUGACGGGCUCGACCCAUGCCUCGAGGUUCGGUUCUCGGCACCUCCCAACUUCCAAGCUAAUGUAUUUACCUUUGGCCCCAUCGGCCUCGCUCUCUCCAUCGGCAAGCCCGUCUGACUGUCCGGGCCCGGGCCCGGGCUCGUAUUCCGGCGGCUCUGUGCACGCAGUUCCUCCAAUUGCCAUCGUUUGCCUCGAGCUUGUGUUCGUGGAAUCUCAUGAGGCCAUCCAAGGCUUCUUUGAACUCCUUGUUGCCGGCGUGGGGGUUGAAGAUUCCGGCGAUCUCGCCGGCGUCGGUGUCGAAGAACAGGGGGAUGAGGUUCUUCUUCUGGGCGAAGAACCGGAUCUCUUCCAGGGUGAGGUGGUUGCAGAGGCUGGCGGCGGUGAUGAUGGCGACGCCGUGAGCGACGGAGGAUAUGACCCUGUCGGCGAUUUCGUGGCUCUGGUUGUCGGAGUAUCUGGCUCGGUCGGCGACGAAGCAGGCGAUGCCUUGGAUUUCGAGUUCCGAUUUGAGCCACUUGCAGAGGCGGACGAGAUUAGGGUUCUGGCCGUGGUACCCGAUACGUCGCAGCUCCGGAGCUUGGCAUUCGACGCCGGUGAGACGGAGCCCUUGGCGAAGGAGAUUCUUGGGAUCUGGAACGAGAACGAAAUUCGCGGCGCCGGCUCCGCCGCCGCCGGUUUCUCCGGCGGCGGAGUGUGGGAGGUGCUGGGGAUGUCGUCGGACUGGGAGCCGGAGCAAGAUACCGGCGGGGAAGGGGAGGUCGCCGGAGUGGGGCAACUCCCUUCGCCGGGGACAGGGGUGUCGCCGGUGUCGGCGGCGGCGGCGGUGGAGGAGGAGACCGCCCGCGGGGAAAUGUACGGAGACUGCAGGGCGGACACGAAGGCCGACGACGGCGGGGAGACCAACGGCGAGUUAUACGGCGACGAGGACACCGAGUUGCUGGCGGGUUUCUUCCCGCCGGCGUUUGCGAUCUUGAUGGUUAGGGCCUUGGCGUUUGCUUCUUCAUCCAUGGUGGAGAAUGUGGCUACUUUUGAUGAAAAAUCACAGGAAAAUGCCAUGUUCUGA